UACUUCUUGUUUCCACACCUUGUCCUUCCAUUCUCUUAAACCAUCACUAUAUAUAUUUAUGACACAAAUACUCUGAAACAUGGCACUCAUGCAUUAUCUUUCAUUUUCUUAUAUAUAAAAAAACAAAUAAAAAUUAAGCAUUUUUUCUAAAAGUGUCAAAAAAGUGUGAAAAAAAGUGUCAAAAAAAAGUGUGAUAAUGGACAGAGGAAAAGAGAGAAAAGAUUUAGAAAAAAAAGGGCAUGCAAUUGGGUGGGCAGAAAUAUUAUUAAGGGGAUUAGCAGUGUUAUUAACACUAAUUGCUGCAAUUUUAUUGGCUGUGGAUAAACAAACUGAGAUUAUACCUGUUCAAAUUUCUGCUGAUCUUCCUACUUUUAAUGUUCCUGUUACUGCUAAGUCUAGCUAUGUUUCUGCCUUUGUGUACUUUGUGGUAGCAAACUCCAUAGCAUGUGGAUUGGGAGCACUAACACUAGCAAUUGCAUUGGCAAACAAAGGAGGUGGAAGAGCUUUUUCAGCUUCACGUUUGAUGAUAAUUCUUGUUGAUUUACUGAUGGUAGCAUUAUUGUUUUCCGGUAUCGGAGCGGCCGGAGCCGUCGGACUCAUAGGAUUCAAAGGCAAUUCUCAUUUAAGGUGGAACAAAGUAUGCCAUAUCUAUGGCACAUUUUGUCACAAAGUUAUGGCUUCUCUUGGUGUUUCUAUCUUGGGAGGAAUUGCCUUUCUUAUACUUCUAUUUCUUACACUAUUAAAGCUCUCUAAGAAUUAAGUGUUAAAGUGAUCUUCUGUUUGAAAACUUGAUCUAUCUUCAGCCAGAGCUAGUACUACUGUAUUAUUCAUGCUUUACUUCUAUUGUUGAGUACUUUGUCUCUUAAACAUUCUAUUUGUACCGUCUCUUUUUAGUAUAUAUAUGGAAGGGAAGAGGCGAGAAUCCAAACACAGGAUCUUACCCGAGAAAA